GUAACUCAAUAAUUAUACUGUCAAGGCUGAUUGGGACCAAUGACCUUUUUUAUACAAUGAGCAUGCGAAACAUAAACUAAUCUUCAAAUAUUAGUGAUAUAUCAAUAUAUGGAUACAUAACACGUUAUUACUUAAGAAUUCUGGGUACAAUUUAGAUUGUUUAUUUAUUUCUACAUAAGUUACAAUGGCAUCUGUGUGUAUGGUUAUACGUCGUCAAAUUUCGACUUCGUCUGUUUGUUAUGGAAAACGAAAUUUUCGGAAAUUUUUGUUGUAUAACAAACGAGGCAGUCGUGCGUUUAAAGAAUCACGACACAAUAAUAAAAACCCCGAAAUUCCAGUCGAUAGAAGGGGUCUAAAACUGACAGGAGUAUACGAAGAAGAUAAAUGGGUGAAUGUACCAGAAAUGAUACCAGAACUUGUUGUACCUUCACUGAAGGAUUUUCAUCUAAAACCAUAUGUUUCUUACAAAUGUCAAGGAAUUAAACAACGUGCAUUUACUGCAAAAGAUUUAUUUGAUUUAGUAUAUGCUGACAAAAUUGAAAAGGACUUUAAAGAUGGCCAAUUAGGACCAAAUGGUGAACCGUUAAAUCCUAGUGAAUAUGAAAGCAUGACACCAGAAGAAGCUGCACAGAAAGCUGAAAAAACUGGUACAGAUAUUUUUACGAUGAAAAGAAAAUGGUAAAUUGUAUUUAAAUUGAAUAUAAGUGUAAGAAAUGUAAAUGUAACGCGAAGAAAAAAUAAUUAAUAAAAAUUAAUAUUCAUGAUGUAAAUAAAUUUGA